AUGGACUUCCAUCUGAAGCAAUGGAAAAACCAGCACGAGUCUGAAUCAGAAGAACAACAUUUUGCAAAGAUGCCAAGGCUCAUGCUUGAAUCCCAUCUACACCCGCCCCCACAUUCAUCCCCCUCUUCGCCUGCUCUCCCACUCUUUGUGCCUGAACUCAACACCAAAGUCAGCUCGCUCUCUGCAUUUUCUGAUUCCUCGCUAGCCACGCCCAGAUUUCCAAGAAUGGGAAGUUAUUUCAGUGCGGCUCAGUGGCAGGAGCUGGAGUUGCAGGCACUGAUAUUCAGGUACAUGUUGGCGGGUGCUGCUGUUCCGCCUGAACUGCUUCUUCCAAUUAAGAAGGGCCUUUUUCAUUCCGCUCCUUAUUUCCUCCAUUACCAACCUUCUCUGUUGCAAUCGGGAUACUGGGGAGGAGCGACCAUGGAUCCCGAGCCCGGCCGCUGCCGAAGGACGGACGGCAAGAAAUGGAGGUGCUCGAGAGACGUGGUUGCCGGCCAGAAGUACUGUGAGCGCCACAUGCAUCGCGGUCGAAACCGUUCAAGAAAGCCUGUGGAAGUACCCACACCAACCACUGCGGGAGGCGUUGGCCCUGCCACCGCCGGCAGCGGCGUCGGGUGUCCCUCUGCUACAACUGCCUCUGUGUCUGCCCCGCAUAUGACACCAGCACCGUUGAGAUCCCCUAUCGAUCUCCUCCAGCUGAAACGAUGUUCAUCUGGGACCAUCAAGAAUGAAAAGGAGAGCAUAUUUGAAAACCGUAGCCGGGAUAAUGUGGAUGGUGAAGGGAGAUCAGAUGGGCAUAUUCUGCGACAUUUUUUCGAUGAUUGGCCCCGACCACUUCAGGAACCUGACAAUGCCGAAAGUAACGCCACGUCCAUCCACUCAGCCACAUGCCUCUCUAUCUCAAUGCCCGGAAAUGCUUCGUCGGACGUGUCGCUGAAACUGUCCACAGGCGAUGAUGCAGAGGAUCCGUGUCCCAGAAGUGCGAAUGCGGGCCCACAGCACUUGCAGGUCAAUUGGGCAGGAGGAUGGGCCUCUUCGGCUAAUCAUGUGGCUUCAAUGGGAGGACCACUAGCAGAGGCGCUCAGAUCAUCCACCACAACCUCUUCGCCUACAAGUGUCUUGCACCAGUUGCCUCGUAGCUCUGCAUCUGAAACUAGCUUCAUUAGCACUUAGGCUUUACUGAGGCGGUGCUCUGAUUAAUUUUUCUGGGUAUGGCUGCAUCCUGUUAUGUAAGAUAAUAUCGGGUUUUAUCUCCGUCAGGUCACCAUGUGAUUGUUCGUUAGCUUCUAGUUAAAAUUACUUUGUUCGAUAAUAGUUGCGAUCUGGAAUUGUUUUUCAUUCUCUCAUAUCUCGACUUGCAUUUUAGCCG